GGAUAGUGAUUUUCUUCAUGUUGGUUCUUUUAACGUCUUUCCUAGUUCAGGCAAAUACCUUUAUACCAGUCCUGCUUUCCGUUGAAAUGGUCUCCACACGUACAGCCAGCAAUUGAGUCCUUAACUGCCCUUGGACCCUACCACGAAGAAAACCGUUCAUCUCUCUUUCUCUCCAUCACUUUCAAAACCCCAUGAUUUUCAAGUCAUCGACCUAAACCAGUAUUUUGUAUACCACUGAUAUCAAUAUAUAAGAAGCACCAUCUCUCUAUCUCCACAAUGAUUACCUUCUAAUAAGCCAUAAAUUCUCCAUUUGUGAAUUGUGAGUGUGCGUAUUUAUGCUGUAUUGACUCAGCCUUCUUUCUGCUCAAGCUCUCCCUUGUGUAAAUCUUCCUUGAGUUUGAAUUAGCCCCAUCAACAGAAGGGUGCAGCAAGCAGUGCAACAUGAGCAAGAAGGCUAACAAGGGAAGCAAACUGAGCCGGUGCAUGAAGGCACCCUUCAAAAUCCUGGCCUGCGUCAGGGAUUUGUACAUCCGCAGCAUGACGGAGUUUGCCGGACGGGUGAGUUAUGGCUCUGCCAUGGGUUGUCCUACAGCCCAAGUCUCCAGUUUGCCUAAGAGCUUCAGUGUCAGCUCCUCCAAGUCAAGUGGAGAUCAAGAUCUUUCUGAGCUGAUCAAGGUUGCUUCUGCUAGGAGUCUGAGCAAUAAGAUUGAGUUGGAUCUUCUCCGGCGACAGCCGUCCUCGAAAUCUCCGGUGACCGGCACAAAUGUGGUUCCUCGGAGUAUGAGUGUUGGAAUUGGAAGGAUUGAUGAAGACAAGCCUUGUGAAUUUGGAGAAGAUAUCAAGGUGAACACCGAUGCGUUUCCAAGAAGCAGAAGCUAUGCUGUCUCCAAAAAAACUGGGAUAUUCUGAGGAAUUUUCAAAGGGAAGCGAAUGAAGGGCAAGAAGGACCAGAAAGACGGCGAAUCUCUCUCAAAUUCAACUGUUUAGUUUGUUUCAUUCCCCCUCGUUUUUCUCAUUCUGGUGUUUGAGCUAUAAAAGUGUGAUAAUAUUGUUGAUAAAUGGUAGGGUUGUUUGGUUA